AUGCAACUGUACGCCGUGCUUUGCUUCCUGGCUCUUCUUUGUCUUUCAUCCGGACAAAUGACAUUCACCGAUCAAUGGACCAAGAAGAGAGCCGCGCUUCACAAACAGCAAUUCCCAGGGGUAACCCCAGAAGAACCAAUCUGCCCAUCUGAUCGUGUUCAAUUAGUUUUCGAGCAACUCGGACAACUCCAAAGAGCCCAACAACGUCUUACCGAAUACCUUGCAUCAUGCGCCUACCCAGUCGAAGCUCCUCAGAAACUCGAGAAACCACAGCAAUAG